AUGUUUGAGAAAUCGCUUACUGACCUCAUCCGAGGCAUCAGAGCAAAUAAGAAGAAUGAACAAAAGUACAUUGCCGUCUGCCUACAAGAGAUUCGCAAUGAAGUCAAGGCCAAUGACCCAGAUAUUAAGGCCAUGGCUAUUGCCAAGCUGACAUAUCUUCAAAUGCUUGGAUACGACAUGUCAUGGGCCUCCUUCCACAUUGUCGAAGUGAUGUCUAGCUCAAAAAUACUUCAAAAGCGCGCAGGUUAUCUUGCAGCUGCACAGUCUUUCCAACAAGACACAGAUGUUCUCAUGCUCACCACCAAUCUCAUCAAAAAGGACCUCGCAUCACCUACUGCUCUCGAGAUCGGCAUUGCUAUCAAUGGUUUAUCUCAAAUUGUUACACCCGACUUGGCAAGAGAUCUCUGUCAAGAUCUCGUGGCUAUGCUCAACCAUUCCCGACCAUAUAUCCGGAAAAAGGUUGUUUUGGUUCUCUACAAAGUAUUUUUGAAGUUCCCUGAGGCACUUCGUUUAAGUUUCCCGAGAGUAAAAGAAAAGCUAGAAGACCCUGAUCCAUCUGUUGUAUCUGCUGUUGUAAGUGUAAUUUGUGAGUUGGCCAGAAAGAACCCCAGAAAUUACUUGUCUUUGGCGCCUCAGCUUUACAAACUAUUGACAACCUCGAACAACAACUGGAUGUUGAUCAAAAUCAUUAAACUGUUUGCUUCGUUGACUCCUUUGGAGCCACGUUUGAUCAAGAAACUUCUACAUCCUUUAACUUCACUCAUUCAAACGACCCCUGCCACGUCACUACUGUACGAAUGCAUUUAUACUGUUAUCUCAGGCGGUUUUUUGGAAGCAGCAGGCGAAUCAAGCCAUGCUCUUGCUGCCACUUGUACCAAUAAAUUACGCAGGUUCCUUGAGGAUCCAGAUCAAAACUUAAAAUAUGUUGGCCUAUUGGCUAUGGGAAAGAUGCUUUCUACCCACCCCAAAUUAGUAGCUGAACAUAAGGAUAUUAUUUUGGAAUGCAUUGACGAUGACGAUCUCAGUAUUCGCUUGCGUGCGUUGGAUCUUGUGGUUGGGAUGGUGAACAGAAAGAAUGUGAUGGAUAUUGUUAAGCGCCUUGUGUCGCAUCUUGUCCCUCCAAGCGCUUCGAUGCUAGGAUCUACCGAAUCCUCAGCAGUUUUAGAUCCUGUCUAUCGCACUGAUAUUAUAAACCGAAUCCUGUUCGUCUGUAGCCAAAAUCAAUACCACAACAUCACCAAUUUUGAGUGGUAUAUCAAUAUAUUGGUCGGAAUUACUUAUGCUUCAGGUGUAAAUGUUGGCGAGUCUUUGACCAGUCAGUUGAUGGAUGUUAGCGUACGUGUCAAGAGUGUCCGUCCUUUCUCUGUGAAGCAAAUGUGCCGUUUAUUGUCUGAUAAAGAGUUUUUGGAAACAGUAAAGAAGAGAGAGUCCAAUAUUGAGGUGCUUUCAGCAGCAGCCUGGAUUUGUGGAGAGUAUUGCAGUUUCCUUGACGAUGUACCCUCUACACUGGAAUGUUUGCUUACACCUACUGCAUCUAAGCUCCCUGUAAAGGUCCAAUCGAUUUACGUUCACAACAUCAUGAAAAUCUAUGCAUUCUGGGUUACUGAACUUAUUAGUCAAUGGAAUGAUGAAGUUCAGACCGAGUUUCUGAAGGUUACAAGGGUCUUGAGAGAUAAAAUUGAUAUGUUUGCACAAAGUUUGGAUUUGGAGGUUCAAGAGAGAUCGGGAAAUGCGAAGGUCAUUUUCACCCUUAUUCUCGAUACUGUCAGUGCUGCUAACACCGACUCUAUAUACCCACCUCUCGUAUUACAAGGAUUACCAGAGUUGUUUUUUAUUUAUGAACUUAACCCUGUUGCACCAAAGGCACAAAAGAAGGUUCCUGUUCCUGAAGGCUUAGAUUUGGAUGCCUGGAUU